AUGCGCGAGGGACGCCAGGUUUUCGUCGCAGCAAAGAACUCCCGACAUCGUAUUGCAGCUAUAUCUCUCUACCGGGCGCUCAUCCGAACCUCACAAAAGAUUGCCAUACCGCGAGAGCUCAGCAAGCAUGCGCGAACCCACCCCGUUGCUCACCUAUUCCUAACUGUAUUGACGAAAGCCCAAACCACGGGAUCUCCCGAGCAUUCCAAAGUGCUUGCCAUUCUCGCCGAACGAGCUUCAAAAGCAGAUCAAUCUCGAAAACUAAGAUCAUCUCGAGCAAACCCGAAAAUGAGAAACCCAAAAUCCCAUGUCCCACUCCUGCGCCAGGUCGCUGGCCCUGGCGAGCCGCCAGCAUAUGUCCCGAACCCCAGACCUGAGGGGGAGAAGAAGCCAGGGCGACCUCCCGUGUUGGCUGCAGAUUGUUUCGAAAUCCCGUUCCUACGUUUCACGAAACCACAACCGCCCGUACUUGGGCAAAUAAUAAACAGGAGACGUUUCCUGUGGAAGAGGAGGAUCGAAGGAAUUGACGUAUCAGAAAAAAAAAUACCUCAGGCUGUGCUAGAGGAUGAAUGGGAGUCACUGGUUGAGGACCAGAUAGCACGUGAGACGAAGAAGCAGCCUCGCACUCCAGGGCGCCGCGAAACUUUUCAAUGGAGCGUCUUCGUGAGCAAAUUGUGGUACGAGCUUUCCCUGGAAAAGCUCUACGAUGACUGGGUGGCCCGAGGCCAUGCACUCCAUCAGAUCACGGAGCGCGAGCGUGCUGAGCGCGCUGGCCGUGGCAAGGACUCGCUAGCGAAUCCCGUAAGCGUAUUGAAUUCAGAGGCGGACGCCUUGGCCGCGCAGGAGACGAGAUCCGAGAGAUUCGCGGCCAUGCCUGCCUUGGGGGCUUGGCACCGAGCGAGGGAGAAGCUCGGGGCGGCCGCUGAGCCGACGCAAGGAAAUGAGAACGACACGUUCGUCUCACCUGUAUGGGCCGAGGCGAUUGAGCUGCAAGAGUUUCGGCUGAUCCGGUGGAUGGACGGAGACAAAUCAGAGCAUACUGGCAGCAAAGCAGUACGAGGGUACAGUGCAUCCAGGGAUAAGCCACACAGACGAGGUCCGGCAUGA